GCUGCUGGAGGCCGACUCCAAGUCGAUGCGCUCGGUGAACGGCUCGCGGCGCAACAGCGGCUCCUCGCUGGUGUCCAGCUCCUCGGCCUCGUCCAACCUCAGCCACCUGGAGGAGGACACCUGGAUCCUCUGGGGCCGCAUCGUCAACGAGUGGGACGAGUGGAGGAAGAAGAAGGAGAAGCUGCUCAAGGAGCUGAUCCGGAAGGGGAUCCCGCACCACUUCCGGGCCAUCGUGUGGCAGCUGCUGUGCAGCGCGGCCGAGCUGCCGCUCAAGGCGCAGUACUCGGAGCUGCUGCGCAUGAGCUCGCCCUGCGAGCGCCUGAUCCGCCGCGACAUCGCCCGCACCUACCCCGAGCACGACUUCUUCAAGGGCCAGGACAGCCUGGGCCAGGAGGUGCUCUUCAACGUCAUGAAGGCCUAUUCGCUGGUGGAUCGGGAGGUCGGGUACUGCCAGGGCAGCGCCUUCAUCGUGGGACUGCUGCUGAUGCAGAUGCCGGAGGAGGAGGCGUUCAGCGUCUUCGUGCGCCUCAUGCAGGAGUACCGGCUGCGCGAGCUCUUCAAGCCCAGCAUGGCCGAGCUGGGGCUCUGCAUCUACCAGUUCGAGUUCCUGCUGCAG